AUGGCACCAGUUCACGAUAUAUGCGCACGUAUUCAAAAUGGAUUUUUGGCGCGUCUAAAAAGUAUAGCUGUACCUUGUACAAAGAUGAAUCUUGCUAUCAGCCAGGUGCUUUACAACGAAGGGUUUAUAUCAUCAGUAACCCGUGGUAACCAUAUUCAACCCGACACCACAUAUACACCCACAACUCCGGAAAAUAUAGCAACACGUCGUUUAUGGCUCGAUCUCAAAUACAGGGAUAAUAAACCAGUUCUUACUAAAAUGCGUGUUGUUAGUAAAGGUUCAAGAAAAGUGUGGAUGAACCUCGGAGAAUUCGCAUCUUUAUGUCGUGGUCGACGUGCAAAAUUCAUUGCACCAUUGCAACCAGGUGAAAUCGCGAUUGUGAGUACAAAUUUUGGGGUAAUGGAAAUACGUGAAGCUAUUGUUCUUAGAUCAGGCGGAGAGCUUCUUUGUAGAGUUUAUUGA